ACAAUUAUCACGUUAGUUGUCAUGAACACGCGGAUUCAGACGCUAAUCAUGAAGCUCGUUGUUCUAAUAUCAAGUCUAGUCAUCGUACAAGCUGGAGUUACAAAGCGAGACGCCCAGUGCGAAGGACCUCUUGUAAACGGAGUUCAACACAGCAAAGACGUACUUAAAACUGACCUCGACAGGCCGUACCUACUUACCACAGAUUUCAGCAGUAACACGCUUUAUUUCAGCUACACCAUAAAAGGUGAAGAAGAAGGCUCCAAAUCUGCCAAGCUUAAUUUAAACACUGAAGAAUUCACUGAUAUAGAUGGCGUCCCAAACGGCUUUGCCCAAGCGGUAGACGAAAGCACUCACGAGGUUUAUAUCGGUGGAAGUGAUGGCAUAUAUAAAUAUAAACCAAAUGCAGACAAAGCUGAUUUUUUCGGAGCUAACGGCACUGAUAUUUGGACGAUAUACUACAAGGAUGUGCUCUACUUUUCUAUUUUUCCAUCUCAGUUCCUGUACACGUAUGUUGACGGUGAAAUAACAAGGUUCAAAGAUCUGGAGGAAACUCUCGUAGAUAGUUUUCUUAUUGACAAUGAAAAUACGCUGUUUUUCUCAAACAGUUCCGGUUUGUACAGUCAAAAGAAAGGCACGAAAGAUGCGAUUAAUAUAUCUGGUGAAGAAAUACGCAUUAGAGGACUGACUAAAAAUAAAGAUGGUGAUGUCUAUGCUUGCGCUCAAGAUGGUAUUUACUCUGUGGAUAAAACGCAGCAUUCUUUAGAGAAAUAUGUGGACAUUGAUGAUGCUUUUGGUGUGGCAUUUGACAAUCAGAAUAACUUGGUGUACGCUGAUGCGACAAGUGUUGUGAAACUUACACCUUGCAAAUGAAUAAACUCUUUUAAAUACC